AUGGAGAACAUGCGUAGCUUUUGGCAGCUAGGAGAUGAGCUCAGAGGACAAUCGAAAGCCUCAGAGGAUCAGAAGUGGUUCAUGGCUGCAUCUAAACUAGCUGACCAGACUCGAUCAAAGGGCGAACGUUCGAACAAUCUUGAUCUAUCAAAGGGUCCGGUUGAGAUAAGGCCAACAAGGGAGAAGUUUGGGUUUCAAGAGGAGAACAAGUUUGAGACUUUUAACUUCAACAUGUUGAACUCGGAGCUCAGGUUCAAUGCUAAUGUUUUUGGCUAUAAGAAGCAUCUGAAUGGAGGCAAAUAUAGCUACAACCAGUUCACUAACAGAGAAGGCAACAAUGGUGGUAACAACUUUAGCAGCACUCACAUCAAUGACUCUGUAGAGAAAAGGUUCAAGACCUUACCUGCCUCGGAGUGUCUCCCAAAGAGUGAAGUGCUUGGGGGUUAUAUCUUUGUCUGUAACAACGACACAAUGCUGGAAGAUCUGAAGCGCCAGCUCUUUGGUUUGCCACCGAGAUACAGGGACUCGGUUAGGACGAUAACACCAGGCCUGCCUCUGUUUCUCUACAACUACACAACUCAUCAGUUGCAUGGGAUUUUUGAGGCAACAACCUUUGGAGGUUCAAACAUUGACCCAACAGCUUGGGAGGACAAGAAAUGCAAAGGAGAAUCCAGAUUUCCUGCACAGGUGAGAAUUCGUGUAAGGAAACUGUACAAAGCUUUGGAAGAGGAUGCUUUCAGGCCGGUUUUGCACCAUUAUGAUGGUCCCAAGUUUCGGCUCGAGCUCACCAUUCCUGAGACACUGGCUCUGCUGGAUCUUUGUGAACAAGAAGGUUCUCCCUAA